AUGAAGUACAUUUUCUUGUUUGUCAAUCCAACAUCAGGGGGAAAUAGAGCAUCUAUAUUUACGGAAUUAGGAGUAAACGAAAUAAUAUUUCACAAACCGCAUAAAUGCCAUCUUUACAUUUACAACAUGUUGGAUGGAGAAGAAGGUAAGAAACCUGGGUUUCUUCACCUAAGCUCCGUAAUCAAUAGCCCUAGGGAACUCGAGAACGAAGACUCACCAAAAAAUGGAACACAUUCAAACGGAAAGAAGUUAGAAAAUAAUAGCGGAGGGAAUAAUGGUGGUAGCCCUAAUGAGAGCAAUAAUGCAAAUUUGGAAAAUUUCCAGGGGGAUAAAAACAAUAACAGGAAAGCUCUAGUUAGUACUGAGCGUAUAAGCAAGGAUUCUAACUGCAAUUAUAAUAGCAGUGGUAAUAGUAAGAGUAAUGGUAAUAGUAGCUACAAUGCAGAAAAUAAAAUAAUGACCUGCAAUGAAAGCAACAUCGAAAAUAAAGACAUAUUUGUGUAUUUGCUAGUGGCUGGGGGGGAUGGAACAUUGAAUUGGGUACUAAAAGAGGUAGAAUUUUACGAUAUUAAUCAUAACAAGUUUGCUGUAGGUGUUAUUCCGUUUGGUACUGGUAAUGAUUUUGCUAAAGCUUUUGGAUGGAAAAAAAUUAACGGGAUUUUUACACACACCUUUUUAUUUAAUAUUUUAAAAAAAAUAGUUGAUCAAACGUUUAAGUCCAAAAUAGAAAAACAUGAUUACUGGAAUAUUGAAAUAGUUUUAAAUGAUGAUGGAUAUUUUAAUAAAAUUAAUUCAAAAACCAAAAAAAAAGAAACAUUAACAGAAAAUAAUGAAACUGUAAGAAAAUUAAAAUUAUGUAUGAGCAAUUAUUUUAGUAUCGGUAUUGGCUCAAGAAUAGGAAGAGGUUUUGAAAGGCACCGAAAAAAAAGUGCAUUUUUAAAUAAAUUAAUUUAUGUUUUAGAAGGACUUAAAAAGGUUUCUUUUAAAAGAAAUAUACCCGUUAAUUUAAUAAUUGAUAAAAUGGUAACUGGCAAAAAUUACGAUGAUGUUAUAUUUACAACAGAUAACAAUGAUGAAUACCCAUCAUUAAAAAAAGCCGUGAGCAUUAUAUGUAUUAAUAUACCAUCCUAUGCAUCAGGUAAUGAUAUAUGGAAUUAUACACAUAAAAUAGGUUUAAAAUUACCAAAAAAUUUAACCUCAGAUCAAAAACAAGUUUAUGAAGACUUGAAAAAGGCACAACAAAGUGUAGGGGACGGAAUUUUAGAAUUCGUUAUAUAUCAGUCAGGUAUAGACAUAGGUUUAGAAUUUACAGUAAAAGGAAGAGCAUAUAGAGUACAUCAAGGCUUAGGUCCCUGGAAAAUUUGCUUCAAAGAAAAAUUGAAUAGUGUAUAUUUUCAAGUUGAUGGUGAGUACUAUCGUAUGACUCUACCACAACACGUAUCAAUAGAACAUUAUAAAAAAAUUAAUGCACUGAAAAAUAUUAUAUAA